AUGGAGGAGGGGGAAAGGAGCCCCCUGCUGGCCCAGGACGCUAUGUGCCAGGAGGGACGGCCCACCUCAAGCCAUCCAGGUCUGACGCCCCGAGAGGACCGGGCCUGGAGGGUAGGCCCCGGGGGAGACCCUGCCUCCUCCCUCCCCUUGGGAAUCAGCUGCCUGAAGUGUCUGACCUUCCUGUUCAACUUCCUCUUCUCCCUGCUGGGUCUGCUGGCCCUGGCCGUCGGGCUCUGGGGCUUGGCUGUCAGAGGGUCCCUGGGGAGUGGCUGGGGGGAGGCCCUGCCCGAAGACCCCAUCCUGGGACUCGUGCUGGGGGGGCUGGCGGUCAGUGCGGUGAGCCUGGCGGGCUGCCUGGGGGCCCUGUGCGAGAGCGCUUUUCUGCUCCACUGCUUCUCCGGGGGCCUCGUCGCCUUCCUGCUGCUGGAGGCCGUGGUGGGUGCCCUGCUGGUGGCGCUCUGGGGCCCGCUGCAGGAUGGCCUGGAGCGCGCGCUGCGGGGGGCCAUCACCCACUAUCAGGACGACCCGGACCUGCACUUCUUCAUUGACCAGGUCCAGUUUGGGCUGCGGUGCUGCGGGGCAUCCUCCUACCGGGACUGGACAUGGAACCUGGACUUCAACUGCAGCUCCCCGGGCGGCCAGGCUUGCAGCCUCCCCGCCUCGUGCUGCGUCCACCCCAGGGGGGCUGCGGCCUCUGUCAACAAGCAGUGUGGCGCUGGAGCCCUGCGCCUGGAUGAGGACGCAGCCGGGAGAGUGGUGCAUCUGCAGGGCUGUGGCCCUCCUCUCCGGCGGUGGCUGCGCAGGACCAUCCGGGCUGUGGGAGCCUACGCGAUUGUCGUAGUGGCCAUCCAAGGGGCGGAGCUCCUGUUGGCCAACAAGCUGGCGAGGGCCCUGGCCGGGAACCGGGCGGUGGUGGACCGCCCCAGAGCCGCAGGACCGGUGGGCUUGUCCGCCGGAGCCUCUCACCCCGUGAAGUGGCCCCUGCCACGCUGGCCAGGGGCGGGGCCCUACUGCAUCCCAGACACUGGGCCUCCACCUGCUAUGCCUCCAGCCCCUCAGGACCCCCCUGCGCCUGAGGGCAGGGCGUGUCCGCCUCUUCCCGGUUCCCCACCACGGGCCCGGCUCCAGCGUCUCGUGGGCUUCCUUCCCCCGCAGCUCGGCCAGGCCCCUGCUGCCCUGCAGCCGUCCCCUUGUGCUCCCACCGGAGACCCGCACCCUCGGGUCCUGCCCCGCCACAACACCCUCUAG